AUGCAGGAACCCCAACGGCUCUAUCCCUCCCUAAAUAGUCUUCAAGGCCAACUAGGUGGCUCUUUGGCUCAACCAUCUUCCGGACGAUACUCGCCUUCGACAGCGUACAGGAGCAGAAUGCAGCCGUUCAACAACUCGUUGUUCGGCUCAUUCGAUGACCCGCUGUUUCAAGCGAGAGCCGCUCAAGCAGCGUUGGCCGAUAUGGACGUGAAGGUGAACAUUACGAAUCCACUAAUGCGACCGCACGAUAUGUUCAGAUAUUCCAGUAAUUAUCUGAUGACGUCAACACAAGAUCCCACGAAUAUCUAUCACGGUCUGCCAGCAGCUCCUGAAGGUUUCGACGCCACGGUGUUGGUGCCCACGUCAUCCGAGCAGGAUCAAAUGACUCCACUGCAACAGGUGAUGGCAAUGCAAAACUACGGUGCCUCAUCGCAUUUCCCUCAAUAUCCAAUGGCAUCAUCAUUUCCGUCGGCGAUUCCACCACAAGUAGCUCGCUAUCCACUUGCCGCGCCUGCAGCAGAAGUUGACACCGAUCCCAGGGAACUUGAGCGAUUUGCUGAACAUUUCAAACAAAGACGUAUUAAGCUUGGUGUAACGCAGGCAGACGUCGGUAAAGCACUUGCUCAUUUGAAAAUGCCAGGUGUUGGAUCUCUUUCACAAUCGACAAUAUGCCGUUUUGAAUCACUUACGCUUUCACAUAACAACAUGGUCGCCCUCAAACCUAUACUACAUAGUUGGCUUGAGAAGGCAGAAGAGGCGAUGAAACAGAAGGAUGGAUGUGGUGAUAUCUCAGGAAUUCUGCCCAACACUGACAAAAAACGAAAACGAACCAGCAUAGCAGCACCCGAAAAACGAUUAUUAGAGGACUAUUUUAGGCAACAACCACGACCGUCUGGUGAGCGAAUAGCAGCAAUUGCCGACAAAUUGGACCUAAAGAAAAACGUCGUUCGUGUCUGGUUCUGUAAUCAACGGCAAAAGCAAAAGAGGGAUUUCAGGUCACAAUUCCGAUGCAGAAAUGGCGCUCCACAAGCGCCGCGCCUUAUGCAAACCGCCACCAGCGGGAAGUGCCCGCCACCGUUCACCGCGCUGCCCGGCUACUUCGAUCAACAUCAACACACCGGUCCAACAUUGUCACAGGAACUGAAAUUUUAG